AUGUUUUCAUUAAGUCGUCCUACAACUACAACCCUUACUUGUGGGUUUAAAGUGAACACUAACUCUCCCGAAUGGCACAAGAGCAUGACAAAAAUCCUCAAGAAAAUCAAAGGAGGGAAUUUUUGGAUAGACGUGGACGAAGGAAUGGCAUACGUAACGGGUCAAGGCGAUCCAAAAAAGCUACUGAAACUAAUGGGUUCAAAGAGAGGCAAAGAUGCUGAAAUGGCCUUUGUGAGAACCGGAACGCACCAUCAGUACCAUCAUCAUCAUCAUCAUGAUCACAAUUUUUACAACAAUCACCAAAACGCAUCAUACUUCGGCCAGUCAACGCCUUAUUGGCCGGGGUACUAUCCUCCUGCCUCAGGGAUGCAACCUUACCAUCAGCAUCAAUAUCCAUUUGCCGGAGGAUAUAAUAACUACGGUUAUUAUUAAUUAGAGCUUUUAUGAUAACUUAUGUCGAGAUCGAGCAUACCCCUUUUAAAAAAACCUAUAUUAGGGUUUUAUGCCUG